AUGGUUCUACCUAUGCUUAGCAUGAAAAAGAUUCUCGCUUCGCCGCAAAUCGAAUAUCGUGUCGGCGAAAGUGGCAAGUCCUUCGCGGUUCCCAAAGCUGUGAUGGAAUUCCUCUCCCCAAAGUUUGUGCGUACGCCGACUUCUGGACGAGGCCAGCUCAAUUCCGCUUCAAUCACCCUGAGGGAUAUCGAUGAGGCUACAUUCACUCGACUGGUGGAGUACGCCUAUCGCCAAGACUACACCGUUCAUGGUCUCAAAGCCCACCCCUAUGCCUCCGACCAAGCCAGCGUUUCGCUUUCACUCUAUGAGAAGCUCGAGCGGGGAGAUGAGUGGUCAGAGGACGCAUCCUUCAUCCAUGAUUCUGGCAUGGACUUCCUACGCGAAUUCAAGUGUCUCUACAUAAAGCUCGACAAAUGGGUCCACAAAGAAGCUAUCGAGACAAAGAGAGUCCCUGGCCACUACGUUCGUCUUGACACCCUCGACGCACACAUCUCCCUUUGGAACGUGACGUACACAUACGAUAUCCAUCCUUUGAAGGAUCUCUGCAAAGCGCACUUCCGCGAGUGCCUUCUUUUCAUGCCUCUCAAUGGGAACACCGUGGCUGAUCUGUUCACUGUCUGGGAUUCUAUUCGGCAUGGCGCUAGUUGCGCUCCCGGCAAUGAGAUCCGCGGCAUCAUCCUGGAUUACUUCGUUGCCACUCUCCCCACUUCGAGACAUCAUCAGAAGUUCAGGAGCACGCUCCUGCGUGACGAAGCUUUCAGCCGCCAACUUCCCGACAAGUUGCCAAAUGUAGCUACUCCAACUGACGACUAA